AAGCCUCUAACCGCCACUUCGUCCUAAGCGGCUAAGCCUAAUCGUUCUCUUUUUCCCCCCUCCCCAGUCCCUGACCCAAAGCCCUUUUUUUCUUAAGUUUCCGGUGGAUCAGGGAUUUAAAUGAGUGCCUGAGGCAAGCCCUCUCUUGCCUUCGAGCUUCCGACGGACUGGGGAAUAUAAUAAGUGCCUGACGGAUUCAAUUUAUUGCCUUCAAGUUUCGGAUAGAUAAGGAGAUUGAUUAAGAUUCAGCUAUGGAAGUUGACCAUUACGGUGUCCUGGGUUUACCUUCUGGUGAGGAAGGAGCCAAUUUGACUGCAAAAGAAAUUACCAAGGCUUAUAGAGAAAAAGCCCGUGAUCUUCAUCCCGAUAAACGAAAAGAUGAUCCAAACGCCCAUGAAAAUUUCAUAAAGCUCAAAUCCUCCUAUGAAAUUCUUGUUGACGAAAAAGCCCGCAAGCUCUUCGAUGAUCUUCUUCGGGUGAAACAUGAACAACAACGCCGUUCUGCUCAGCAAGACUCAAAGCGAAGGAAAAUGAUGUCGGAUUUAGAAGAUAGAGAAUGUGCUUCUUUCGCUCCAGAUCCAGUCGUGAUGGCUAAAGAGGAAGAAAAGAGAAUUGCGAGGAAAUUGAAAGAGGAGAUUGCAAGAAUACGUGCAAUGCAUGCAAAUAAAGGUGCAAGUAUGGGAACAGGCUCGGGUUCGGGCUUGAAUCAAGACAACGUUGGGAGAAAAGGGAGUAAUGGGGGUGGGGCUAGUGUGGAGUUGGAUAAAGAGAAGGUUUUAAAGGUUUCUUGGGAAAAAAUUGGGGAAGGCUAUACCGCGGAGAAGCUAAGGCAAUUGUUUUCCAGGUUUGGGGACGUGGAGGAUAUUGUAAUUAAAAGCUCAAAGAAAAAAGGGUCUGCUCUAGUAGUCAUGGCUACUAAAGAAGCAGCUAUUGCUGCUACAGGAAGUGUUACCGGGGAUCUAAACAAUCCAUUGCUGGUUAUGCCUCUUAAACCAACCAUUGUUGCAGAUUUUCCAGCUCCCCAGAAGGCAGAGGAACCAGAUCGUUUCAGUAAUCUGGUUGGGGCUGGUUUCCAAGCUUUUGAAGAUUCUGUUUUAUCUAAACUGAAAAAGGCUGCUGAAAAACAACAAAAAUGAUGAAGAAAAGGCUUGAAGAACAGUGCUAAUUCAUCCACGGCUUGCCGUCUGGUCCUCAGAAGUUAUUUUUGUAUUUGAUCGA